AUGGUCAUGCUUAUCUUUUUGGAUGUAGUGAGAGAGCUCUCCCAGAAAUAUGGCUCCAUUUACAGCAUCCAAAUGGGUCCAAAGAAGGUGGUGGUACUCUCUGGAUAUGAGAUAGUGAAAGCUGCCCUGGUCAAUUAUGGUGAUCAAUUUGGGGAACGGUCUCAAGUGCCUAUAUUUGAAAGACUUUUUGAAGGAAAAGGAAUCGUCUUCUCUCAUGGUGAAACUUCGAAAACUAUGAGAAGGUUCAGCUUGACCACCUUGAGGAACUUUGGAAUGGGCAAGCGGCUCAUAGAAGACAGGAUCAUAGAAGAAUGCCAGCAUCUCGUAGGGAGUUUUGAGUCUCACAGAGGAAAGCCUUUUGAAGUCAAAACAGUAAUGAAUGCUUCUGUUGCUAAUGUCAUUGUGUCAGUGUUGCUUGGAAAACGGUUUGCUGACCAAGACAUCCAAUUCCUGAGACUCUUAACCUUGACUGGUGAAAAUGUGAAGCUCGUUGGAGGUCCUAGGAUUGCAGUAACUGUAUGUUCCCUACUCAAUUUUACUUCUUCUAAGGAGAAAGAUACAUCUACUGCCUAUUUCAGUGAUGAAAAUUUGGUGGCACUGGUUAGUUACCUUUUGCGGUUUGCGGCUGGUACAGAAACCGUGGCCUCCACACUGUGCUGGGCACUUCUGCUCAUGAUGCGAUAUCCUGAGGUCCAGAAAAAGGUCUGUGAUGAGAUCACCAAAGUUGUGGGGUCAGCCCAGCCUCGAAUUGCACAUGGAACUCAAAUGCCGUACACAGAUGCUGUCAUUCACGAAGUACAGAGAUUUGCUGAUAUCCUGCCCACAAGCUUACCUCAUGCAACAACCACAGACGUGAUAUUUAAAAAUUACUAUAUUCCCAAGGGCACCGAGGUCACCACUUUGCUGACCUCUGUACUUCGGGACCAAGCACAGUGGGAAAAGUCAGACACAUUUAAUCCUGAGCAUUUCCUGAGUUCCACUGGAAAGUUUAUCAAGAAAGAAGCUUUCAUGCCCUUUUCAGUGGGCCGCCGGUUGUGUGCUGGUGAGUCACUGGCCAAGAUGGAGCUUUUCCUGUUCUUCACCAGCCUCAUGCAGAAGUUUACCUUCCAGCCACCCCCCGGGGUCUCCCAUCGGGACCUGGACCUAACCCCAGACAUCGGCUUCAACACUCGACCAAUGCCUCACAAGCUAUGUGCCCUGCUCCGGGCCUAG